AUGAGUGUCAUGAUGGACAGAGCCAGUCGUGCUCUCCAGCAAUUCGUCUCUUUUCGACUACAUCCCGAUGUUAAAGAGCAUGCUAUGAAAGAUACCGGCUGGGCCGAUGGUCUCCGAGGCAUCGCAGCAGUAUUUGUUGUUUCGUCUCAUGUCGUUAUAUGUUAUGCAAGAGCUCUGGUGCCGCCAUGUUGUGCCUUUUUCAGCACCCAACCCUACCUUUUUCAACGACCUGUUUUUCGUCUUGUGGCCAGCGGUCAUUCAUGGGUUGCCAUCUUUUUCAUUCUCAUGGGCUUCGUCAAUGCGUUGAAGCCUAUUCAACUCGCCAGAACCCAACAAGUCGAUAAAGCCCUGCAGAAACUGGCCUCUUCGUCGUUCAGUCGCAUCUUCCGGCUCGUGCUUCCGGCGACCACUGCCACCAUCAUCUCUUGGUUCAUUUGCAAUUUGGAUCUGUAUUCCAUGUCGGCACAGAGCGAUGCAUACUGGUUGUACACCAACACUCCCGAACCCAGCCCUACCUGGGCCGACGCAGUCCUGGACCUAUUCGGCGCUCUUCGGGCGACGUGGACUUACGGCGACGAAAACGAAUAUGAUCAACCGCAAUGGGCUCUUGUAUACCUGCUCCAAGGCAGCAUCAUGAUCAUCAGCGCUUUGUCGCUUGUGGUGACCAUGACCCCUACCUGGCGCACGAUUACCUUGCUUUUCCUCGCAUAUUGGUCUCUUAACUGGAGCCACAUGACUGCAGAUCCCUGGGUCGGCCUCUGCUGCUUCCUAGGCAUUGCCCUGAGCGAACUCAGUCUCUCGGAUAUUCCCAAGGUUCUAGCUCCUUACUCGCCUUAUAUUUCGCCACCUGUCAUUUUGAUUUCUCUCAUCUUCAUGUCAUAUCCUAGUUCCUAUGCUGAAGCGGCGUCCUGGUCCCUGUGGCUUCGUGAACUUGCGACACAGUACUUCCCUUCCCAUGCGACCUUUGCCCUUGAACGGAUGUACGGCGCUCUGGGCGGGGUUCUCCUUGUUAUUGGUAUUCUCAUCUCCCCUCACGCCCGUUGGGCGUUGAGCCGCCCACCUCUUCUGUGGCUUGGGAAAGUCAGCUUUGCAAUCUACCUCAUUCACGGCAUGUUCUUGAGGACAGUCUUCGCGUGGGCGCUACACCUCGGCCAUUCGAAACAGACAAUGACCGAACACGACCCAAAUGGCGAAGAGUAUCAUGUGGACCGGUACCCAUUGCCGGGUAAUUUCCAAUGUGCUCUUGCGACUGUCAUCAUGGGAGCCUGUGUGGGUGUGGCAAGCCACUUCUGGAACUUGAAACUGGAGCCAGUCUUUGCGAGAAUCACGGCCAAGCUUGAAGGAAUCGUCACAGGAAAGGUCGAGACGGAGCCACGGGAGCCCAAAUCCAAUGGAGGUGCUAUCCUUCCGUUGCGUAACGACUGA